UAAUUCGUUCUACUUACCCUUGUAUUAUAGAACAAUUACAUUUUAAAAAUGCUUUUAUGUCUUCCAAAGAACUUACUUUUUAUUUUUAGCAGUCCAUGAAAUAGAGCUGAGAACAGGUGUUGGUAUUCCCAUUCUAAAUAUCUUGUAAUAUUUAAAGGAAAACAAAGUGAAAUAUUAGAUUGUGUUGCCGGUUAUGGCAGAGCAGACUCUUUGCCAGGACAGCAGUCCAGUGCUUUCUCUUCCAGGCUGUUCUGCUAUUCCUCAAUUUUUACAGCAUUUUUAUGUUAAAAAAUAAAUAAAUAAAUAAAAAGUAAAGAACUAUAAUGCAUAUAAAACUGUGUUUGAAGAGAAGGAAACUAUGUGAUAAAAUCAAAUAAACAUGACCCUUAUAGCUUUAGUUUUCUUAGAACAGAGGCCCUUUAACUCUCCAGAAUGUUGAAACCUUCUCUUGAAGUUCUCUUAUAAUACUCUGCCCUCACCUCUGUGUUUUUAUCUGGGCAAUUAGACCACAUUAACUAAUUGCUAAACUUUAAAAAGUUGUAUUUUCUUACAAAGAAUUUCAGAAUAGGUUGAUUUUCUAUGGUAUUUUAACAGUGUCACAUUGUGCUCCUCUCUUCACAGGACCAUGUAAUCUUAACUCUCUAACUUCAUGGCAAGCUUUUAGUUUUGAUUUUCAGCCAUGUUCCAAACUGUAUUGUUUGACCUGGUAGUGUCAAUAAAUAACACAAGGCAUGUCUGAAAGGCUUACAGCUUUUGGCCAUAAAUGGAAUGAAACAAACUAGCCCAGAUAGGGCCCAAACUCUUAAUAUUGACCUCAUUAGUCUAGGACCACAACCAGCUAUCCAAAUAUGCCUGGAAAAUAUUUCUUUGAGUAAUAGUUAAUUUUUUAAAAGAAAGAAAAAAAAAAAACCUGUGACUAUGAUCAUCUUAUGUUGAGUUUCUUUAUUCAUCUUGAGUAAACAGUAAAUUUUUUUCACCUUGUUGUUUUAAUACAAAAAGUUCUGGUGUUUAAUAUAGAAUAUUAUUAAAUCAGUGUGGGAUUAAAAAUAUCUAUAUAGAUAGCUGAUUUAACAAUAUAUGACAGCAUUAAUCAACUGCCUUGUUAUAAUUCUUAAAAUUGUUGUUAUUCUACUUGUCAAGCAAUUUUGCCCUUCUCUUCAAAAGAUGCAUACCUGUUCAAAGGAAGGAUUAUAAAAGUUCAUGCUUCAGAAAUUUUUUUUAAGAGUAUAACCAACUCCCUGAGGAUACAGGGGUCUAGGGAAGCUAAAUGACAGCUUCAGGGUCACCCAGCUAGUGAGUGGGAAAGCUAAAAUUAGAACCUCAGUCUGCUCCCACAUUUUCCACCAACUUGCAGACUAUCAUUAAAGAAUAUUUCUUCUGCAAUCAGAACAUCGAGCAAUUUGGAGAAACGUACAGUAUAUCGAUAUUCUAGCUUCAUUUAAAAUUUAUGCUUAUGUGUCUUGUAUCAUGUUAAAAGCUUUAAUCUAAAAUGAAUUACCAUGUGGCCAAUAACCCUAACAUAAAACUCAUAAUACAUAUAAAUUCUCUAAUAUUAUCAUAAUUUCUUAAGGGUGCAAAUUAAUUAGUACCUCUUUUCCUGCCCAAUAACUUUCCUCACGCCCCUUAAAAUGGAAUUUGAAAUGAGAUAAACAGUUGCUGCUGCUGAAUUAAAGUUUCAGAGAAAUAAAAGUGAGGUGGCUUCAUAUACAAAAUCUGUGGUUUUGUUCAGAAGUUGGAUGAAGCAACUGUUAUUGACUAAGCCCACAUUGGUGCUGCCCUUUUCUCUGUUGAAAAGAAAAGCUUGUGAGUAGUCUCCAAGAGCCAUAUUAUUAAAAAUGAUGUUUCCUCCCCAUGAUGGCUGAGAUACUAAUCCAUUGAAAUGUGGCGAUAAUUCUUGUGAGAAAAUUCUGAGUCUACAAGUUUGAAGAAUUUAGAAGUGUAAGAGGACAGGGGUUCAUUUACUUACAGGCCUUCUUCCAAGUUAGGUUUUAUUUUCCUUUUCUCCUAGUCUCUGGAGUCUCCUCUCUCCAGACACCCUGGAAAGCCAUUCAUGGCCUUUCAUAUUUAACAUGAGAGUAUUUUCUACUAACACCAACAUGUCAAAGAAAGAUGUUUAAAGCAUGUGAAUUAGACUUGAUCGUGUAUCUUUCAUUGGUACCUGUUUCUCUUUACUUUUUGGAAUAAAAUAAAAACAACAAAAACAGCUAAGAAUUUGGGAUAGUGAUGUGGGUGGGAGGGAUUGAGACAUUCAUCACAACUGAGUUGUUUAAUUUAUAGUAAGUAGGAACUUUUAGAAUUUAGAGAAGUUUAAUUGUAGUUUAGAGUUUCAUUAUCAGACGGUAGUCUUGAAUAAUUCCCAAGAAGCUAAAAUGUGGGAUUAACAUUUUACUCUCAUUUUAAUUCAUAUCCUGAAUAUAAAUUUUAUUAUAAAUUAUAAAGUUUCUGAAUUUCCUUUCAUAAAACUGGGUUCUUUGGGUUCUUAGUUAUUUUGGAUGAAACAAAGGGGAGGGCUGGUUGGAAAUGAUGGAACAUUUAACCACUGUCUCUACAGUUAGUCACAAUUGGUACAUGCAGAAUUAAUAAAACAGCUUGCCUUGUUUUUAUUUCUUGUGAGGUCAGACGACAGUGGAUGAUAAUGACUUGAGAAGAGGACCAGAAGUCACUAUUUACCAUGUACACAUAUCAGAGAGUCAUUUAUUAAGUUUGAGGAGAUUGGAUCUUAAGUACUUAAUUAGAAUGAUAUUAGUAAUUUUAAUAAAAUAUUUUGCAUUGAGAACUAUUCACUCAGAAAUUGCAGGGGUGGACAAAAUCAUCUCCAAAUAAAUCAUUUAACAUGAAGUUAGGCUAGGAUUACCAACCAAGAGCAUGGCAUUCUCCUAUGCAUCUGACUUAAAAGCAAUACUUGUCUCUUGCCCCAUGGUGCCAGGUGGUCUGCCAUGCUUCCCUCUUCGUGGCUGCCAGGAUUCCCACAUGGAGGUAAAUAUAACCUGUAAAGGCUCAAAUACUUCAUCAAAAGCCAUGACUAUAAUCCAAAGCUAUUAGGUUUAGGCAACUUAUUUGGAAAUUAUCACCUUCAAAUAGCAUGUAGGGCAACCUCAGUAGAGAUGAAAUGGAUGAAGCAGGCAUGGAAACUGCCCUUCCUGCCUUAAAUACAAAAUACCAGAUCACAGCUCUGAAUAAAAGUUAAGACCACAUUGGGCCAGAUCAGGACUAACACUAGAUACACAGCUGACAUAAAGUUCCAGUGACUUUGGCAGUGUGACAGUCAGGACCACCAGGCACAUGUACUGAAAGCAAUUUAAGCUGUGUUUCCCGAUUAAAGCCAGGAACUGAAAAAUCACUGCCUAUUCAUGAUGAAAGACUAGAAAACUUCUGAAGACCAGACAGAAUUUGAGAGUGGUAUAGAUACUAAGCUACUAAAUACUACAAAUGUAUAGUAUCUGCAAAUAUAUAUAUAUAUAAGGUUGAAAACUAAGCUCAGAAAUGAGCAUUAUAAACUCUUCCAGAUCAAGGGAGUGCUGUACCCCCAAGCUGAAGUUUCAUAGGCCACCAUCAUCCCAACACUCAGUCUUCCCAAGCAAGUUAAUUCCCACCAAAAAUGAACACAGUCAAAGAUUACAAAACCUAAGCGGAAGUCCAUUAUCAAGAAACAGUGUCCAUAGGUGCAAUAAAUAGAAUUUAUACCGGAGGAACUAUAAAUAGUAAAGCAAUUGGGUAGGGGCUCUUAACAGACAGAUACUGAAAAUGUUAAGGAAAAUAAAAGAAGAAGUAGACUUCAUAAAAUAGGAACAGUGGGCUAAGAAAUAAGAACAAGCAGAUCUGAAAAAGAAACGAGUAAAAACCCUAAAAAUAUUAGUGUCAAUUUCUAUGAGUCAAUGAAUUCACAAGUGAAUACCUAACAGUUAUUUCCUGUGGCCUUACUUGGUGGCUGGGGGCAGGGGAAGCGAUAUAAGAGCAGAAACAGUUGUUUUCUACGUCUGAAUUACAAAAUAGGAACAAUAAAGACAAUGGUUUAUUGAACAGGAUGGUUUACUGAGCUGUCCAGCACUGUAAGCAAAUGGCUUACAAACAUUGGCCUACUCUUUGUGAUGCUUGAGAGAGAUACUUUGAUAGAAGAUUAUUCCAAAAUAUAAUUACUUGGUCUUUUAGUUCUCUCUUUAUUAUCAUAGGACACUAUGGGGAAUUUUUUUUUCUUUAGAUUGCAAACUAGUUUUAAAAAGAGCUUGUAAUGAACAAUUUAAUUAGAUUGGUUUUGGCUUGCCUAAAAGCUUAAGAAGGUAUUAAUAUUCUAAUCAAAAGUCUUGGGAAAGCAUUCUUACAAUAAAAAAAGGAAAGAAAAUCUUCGUUCUUAUGCUUUAAGAACCAGGAAAGCUGUCGAAGGAUGUAAGGUAACUCUUACAAAAGCAAUUGUUAAAUAAAUGUGGUUUGGCUUGGCCACAAUGAGCCAACACCUAUGUUUGCCACAGACUUAGGUUCCCACCUGACUCACGGCAAAUUUAUUCAGCUGCUUAAGAUUAUUUUUUACUCAUACUUCAAAAGAACAGCAGCCUGGAAUUUUUAGACUUUUAAUGGCAACGGAAGGAACUUACCUAUGAUAAACAUUUUUCUUUACUCUCAUGCUUUCUUAACCCAUGGCUGUUCUGAGUCAAUGUUUGCCUUGCAUUCAAAAAAUAAUAGUAAAGAUUCGAGUAAAACAUAUUCAUUAAGUACUAUUUGAAAGAUAUACCAAGUGCUUUCACAUUAUGUCACUUUAUUCCUACAAAGAUCAUGUGCAAUAAAUAUCACUGUUCUUGUUUCCUACAGAUGAAAAAAAAAAACUGAGGGUCAUUUUCAGAGAAAUUGGAUGACUUACCCAGAGCCACACAGAUGUGUACGUGGCAAAGGAAGAUUCCAUUUCAAGUCUUCCAACCCCAAAUUCAUCUUCCUUUCCCUAAGGGGAAAUGGUGCUAUGGAAUCCAUGCAAGCCACAGAGCUUGGAUAAAAGGCAUAGUGAGGCCCAGGUUGACACUGAGUAUUCUCUGUGAAACUCUUCAAGGAGCAACACGUGAUUUCACAGAAAUUAGUCUCAAUACGCUGCAUUCAUAGCUGUGCAUUUGAUAUAGUGUUUGUGACAAAUUCGACCCAGGAGAUCAAAAUGAUUCUCAACUCUUCUACUGAAGAUGGUAUUAAAAGAAUCCAAGACGAUUGUCCCAAAGCUGGAAGGCAUAAUUACAUAUUUGUCAUGAUUCCUACUUUAUACAGUAUCAUCUUUGUGGUGGGAAUAUUUGGAAACAGCUUGGUGGUGAUAGUCAUUUACUUUUACAUGAAGCUGAAGACUGUGGCCAGUGUUUUUCUUUUGAAUUUAGCACUGGCUGACUUAUGCUUUUUACUGACUUUGCCACUAUGGGCUGUCUACACAGCUAUGGAAUACCGCUGGCCCUUUGGCAAUUACCUAUGUAAGAUUGCUUCAGCCAGCGUCAGUUUCAACCUGUAUGCUAGUGUGUUCCUACUCACGUGUCUCAGCAUUGAUCGAUACCUGGCUAUUGUUCACCCAAUGAAGUCCCGCCUUCGACGCACAAUGCUUGUAGCCAAAGUCACCUGCAUCGUCAUUUGGCUGCUGGCAGGCUUGGCCAGUUUGCCAGCUAUAAUCCAUCGAAAUGUAUUUUUCAUUGAGAACACCAAUAUUACAGUUUGUGCUUUCCAUUAUGAGUCCCAAAAUUCAACCCUUCCGAUAGGACUGGGCCUGACCAAAAAUAUACUGGGUUUCCUGUUUCCUUUUCUGAUCAUUCUUACAAGUUAUACUCUUAUUUGGAAGGCCCUAAAGAAGGCUUAUGAAAUUCAGAAGAACAAACCAAGAAAUGAUGAUAUUUUUAAGAUAAUUAUGGCAAUUGUGCUUUUCUUUUUCUUUUCCUGGAUUCCCCACCAAAUAUUCACUUUUCUGGAUGUAUUGAUUCAACUAGGCAUCAUACGUGACUGUAGAAUUUCAGAUAUUGUGGACACAGCCAUGCCCAUCACCAUUUGUAUAGCUUAUUUUAACAAUUGCCUGAAUCCUCUUUUUUAUGGCUUUCUGGGGAAAAAAUUUAAAAAAUAUUUUCUCCAGCUUCUAAAAUACAUUCCCCCAAAAGCCAAAUCCCACUCAAACCUUUCAACAAAAAUGAGCACGCUCUCCUACCGCCCCUCAGAUAAUGCAAGCUCAUCCACCAAGAAGCCUGCACCAUGUUUUGAGGUUGAGUGACAUGUUCGAAACCUGUCCAUAAAGUAAUUUUGUGAUAGAAGGAGCAAGAGAACAUUCCUCGGCAGCACUUCACUACCAAAUGAGCAUUAGCUGCUUUUCAGAAUUGAAGGAGAAAAUGGAUUAUGUGGACUGAACUGACUUUUCUAAAGCUCUGAACAAAAGCUUUUCUUUCCCUUUGCAACAAGACACAGCAAAGCCACAUUUUGCAUUAGACAGAUGACGGCUGCUCGAAGAACAAUGUCAGAAACUCAUUGAAUGUGUUGAUUUGAGAAAUUUUACUGACAGAAAUGCAAUCUCCCUAGUCUGCUUUUGUCCUGUUAUUUUUUUAUUUCCACAUAAAGGUAUUUAGAACAUAUUAAAUUGUUAGAGGAGCAACAGGAAAUGAGAGUUCAAGAUUGUUCUGUCCUAUUUCCAAAGGGCAGUAAAGCUUUUGUGCCUGUUUUUAGCUAUUAGCAACUGUGCCACACUUGCACGUAUUACUGCACAUUUUGUACAAAGAUUUGCUAAGCAGUAGUUGUCAAGUUUCAGAUCUUUUUGUGAAAUUCAACCUGUGUCUUAUAGGUUUACACUGCCAAAACAAUGCCCGUAAGAUGGCUUAUUUGUAUAAUGGUGUUACUAAAGUCACAUAUAAAAGUUAAACUACUUGUAAAGGUGCUGCGCGGGUCCCAAGUAGUAGAGUCUUCCUAGUAUAUUAGUUUGAUUUAAUAUCUGAGAAGUGUAUAUAGUUUGUGGUAAAAAGAUUAUAUAUCAUAAAGUAUGCCUUCUUGUUUUAAAAAAGUAUAUAUUCUACACAUAUAUGUAUAUGUAUAUCUAUAUCUGAACUGCUGUUAAUUGAUUAAAAUUUGGCAAAGUUAUAUUUACUUUAAAAUAAAAUAAUUUUAUUGCAA